ACGUACCCGAAGAAUCUGGGCCGGUCAGUGCGCGUAUCCCUGGGCAAUAUCCAAUGUGCUCCAGCGGGGCGUACAACUCUCAGAGAUGCACGCUACUCUGCGUUCUGCAGACAGCUUCCGGCUGGAUCUCACAUUGUGCAGGUAUAUGUUGAUGCUUUAGGAACGACUACGACUCUACGAGACCUACUUAUCUUUGUUAUUCCCGGAAAUCCAAUUCACUGUCACCCAGAAAGCGGACUCGAAAUUCAAGAUUGUAGGCGCGGCCAGUGUUGCCGCAAAAGUGACCAGGGACACGUGCAUAGAAUCGUGGACAUUCGAGGAGCUUCAGAACAUAACAGCUGAUGAGAGUUUUCGGUAGAAAUUUCGGAAACGAUUAUCCGUUAGGUCCAAAGACACAAGAAUGGAUGAAGGAUACACUCCACCCAACAUUCUGCUUCCCCUCGAUGGUACGAUUCUCGUGGAUGACAGUGAAGGUUAUGCUGGAUAAAUCUGCACAUCCGGUGAAAUGGUACGUGAGUGAGGCGUUCCUGGAUUACUAUAGAGGUCUCGAUAAACGAAUCCAGGAUUGAUGAAGGACGGGAGCCUUCCAUCGCUGCGUUUGGCAAUGGUAGAAGCAGAGAUAAAGACCGAAUUAUCGUCGCCAAAGAUCCAUGUCUACAUAGC